AUGGCAACUAAUGAAGAUGAUGACCAAGAAGAGUCGAAUACGUUGGCAACAUCUCACUUACCAGCCUUACAAGUGUUAAAAUGUGGAAAUCUGAAGUUAUUUAGAGACGCGAUUAUAAACCCGGUGUGGAUUAUAAAGAAUAAGGUUAUCAAGGCAAGGUUUAUAAACGAAAUUGCCUUCUGCACACCACCCGCGCCGUCUGUACAGUGUACCGCGCGGUGCGGCAGAAACAACAUUACUAUGACGAUCACUGUGGGGAAAAACUCCAUGCCCGAGACGGCGGCCAGUGUGGCGAGCGUGACGGAAAGCACGCCUGUCAAUCUCGAGGCGGUUGUGCAAGCCAUUAUCAUCUUCACCAUAGGCUUAGCCAUCAUCGUCUCUAAUCUUUUCAUCAUUGUCGCAUAUUGCAAGUAUACAGGUUUGGUCCAACAUGUGAUCAACCAUUAUUUGCUGUCACUGACAAUAGCGGACCUGCUAUGUGGAACAUUAAUAGUGCCUCAGUCUUUCUACGCCGCAAUUAAUCAGCACUGGGUGCACGGAGAUUUUAUGUGCCGUCUAUCAGGCUACAUCGAAGCCACUCUAUGGUGUGUCUCAGUCUACAGCUUUAUGUGGAUAUCUGUCGACCGGUACCAAGCCAUCAGGAAGCCGCUCCGAUAUGAGACGUUCCAAACACGAGCUCGAGGCCAAUGUUGGAUGGUGUUCUCCUGGAUGUGUGCAGCCACGCUCUGCUGCCCACCGUUAUUUGCAAACCAAAAAAAAGAUAACUUUGACAGCGACACUCUCGUUUGCAUGUUGGAUUGGGGCACGACAUCCGCAUAUACGUUGACCUUAGGUAUCCUUGUUCUGGGACCGAGCAUUAUUUCAAUUGUGUACAACUAUUUAUACAUAAUUUGUAAGCGGAGGAAACUGUAUAGCGGCUCACUGAACAAAGACAAGGAAUACGCGUCCGCUCUGGCUGAGAACCUCGCAAAUCCAAACCAAAAGGUGAGCUUUAUUCUCGUUCUCACUUUUUGGCUGAGCUGGACCCCGUACGCUAUAGUUUGCUUGUACGAAUAUAUCGGUGAAGAGAAAAAGUCUCCCAUGGUGCAUUUCGCUGUCGUUUGGAUUGGUGUACUGAAUUCCUGUUGGAAAUUUGUUGUCCUGCUACCUCUAAGCCCUGAGUUUAGACUCGCUUUCAAAUUACUCUGCAAGAGUCUUUGUUGCCGGUCCAAAGUCCGACUGGAUGGUGAUGGUGGCAUGAUGAACGCUGAUUGUGAGAUGCUCGAGUAA